AAGCAAUAUCAAAAUGUGGUACAUAACAAAUAAUAAAACGCAACACGUACACUAUCUGGUAUCACAGUCCAUCGGCCACACGGUAGGCCGUACCGGUACGGAUCUCAUAAUAACUGGUGAUGAUUCGAUCAGUCGCAACCAUGCCAUACUGCAACCGCACAACAAUGUACUACAUCUCACCGAUACAGGAUCGCGCUACGGAUCAUACGUUAACGACAACAUCGCGAAAACUGUCCCCAUUGCCAGGGACCAACCGACGGCACUGAAACCCGGUGAUACGGUACGAUUUGGUCGUUGUGGAAGUGUAUGGACGGUGGGAAAGGUAGAUUUCCGUUGUCUCACCUCAACGCUGGAGAUGGACGACGCGUUAAAGGUGGUUCUGCAGAAGAUUGGCGUCGAACUAGUGUCCAGCUACACUGCAGGCCUAACGCACCUGAUAAUGCCUACAAUUACCGUCACGACCAAAUUCCUACAAUGUCUGGUCGGGCAGGUACCGAUCGUGAAGCCAGAUUUUUUCCACACCAUCGACCGGGAUUGUAUCGGGCAGGGUAAAGCCCUUCCAGCGGUAAAAAAUUUCGUACCGACGUGCGCAGAAAAGUUCUUCAAAAUUGAACAGCAGCUCUUCCAUCCGAAUCCGCUGCGGAGCAAUCUUUUCGCGGGAAAGGAAUUCAUCUUUCUCAACACCGGCCAGUACAAUCAGUUUGAAAACAUCGUGAAGCUUGCCGGUGGUGUUUGCUUGUCUGCACAGCGUGAGAAAAUUGCCAAAGGACGUUUUCUUAAACCGAAUGUCAUUACCAUACGGCUAGACACGGACGGUACUUCACAGUCCCAAUCGCAAUCACUCGAUAAACUGUCCCAGUACAUAACUUCAAGCGGACGACGGAUGGUGCCGGAUAUGGAGAUAGGACUGGCACUUAUGUUCUGCUCCACGGAAAAGUACUGCAAUCCGGAGUACAAAUUUGCGUUUAACGUCGAAGAAUGCACUAGCUCUGGCACGGGUGGAGAAAUGUUGGCCGAGAGCACAGAAGAGCAAACUGGAAGUACGGAGGUGAAAAGUGUAAAUGUGUUGGAAUUGCAUACCAUACCAGAAACGGAACCCCAUACCGAACCUAAGAAUGGGGAAGUUUUGACAAACAAACCAACUGUUGGCAGCAGAAGGGGGAAAACUAUUUCCGCACAUCCUAUUUCGUCAUUUUUAGUUCCAAAAGAUGUAAUUCGGCCUGUACCGAGCGUGCCGGAAGAACGGCGCAAAUCAAAACGAAUUCAGGAGGCGACAAAGGAUGAGAAGCAAACGGAUGAUCUGGAAGCUUGCAGUCUACCAAAGCGUUCGCGCAAAGAAGAAACUCCGAUCGAAAGUGUUAGCUACUCACCAACGGUAGAAUCCUCGAAACAAGUAGAAUCCGACCGCGAAGGAAGCGAACUGAUUGUGCCGGAAACGCAACCAACACCGGACUCAGUUCUCUCGCAAGCUUUGCAAGCUCGUGGUUUCCGAGCCGUCAAACGAGAUGCAAUGGAAACGGGAUGUGGUGGUAAGAAGUCGUCAGCCAAAAUUCGACGUGCCGCCUACUUGCAUCACACGCUAGAUGAUGAGGAUAUGUUUAAUUUUGAUGAGAUUGCUCCACGAAAAAAGGCGCGUAUCGAGAAAGGGAAAGAACAAUCAGCUCCCUAUGCAACGAGCACAUCACAAACGCGUCGUAACAAAAAUUCGAACGGAGCCGUUGAACAGGAGAAUUUAUUCUGUUUCGAUGAAAUCCCAACCGCCCUGCAGCGGCGAGGCAAGCAGCAAACUGUCUCACCGGAUGCACUCAACAAUAAUGUUUCGAAAAGUUCAACACUCUCAUCGGAUCGGACUUCAUUAUUCCGCGCAGUUGGAGUACAAAAUCGAAUUAACGAUUCGACGGCACCUAGCUACCGGGAGUUUAUCAAACCGGUGCAACCAUCCUCGAUCGGCUGGCUAUCAUCGACCAUGUGCGGGUUAAAGGUAACUGACGGGGAGGAAAAUUCAUUCAGCGAGCUUAAAAUUAAAUCCGAACCGCUGGACGAAGCCGACGAUCCGUACGGCGACGCUAUGCAGAAGGAUUGUAAGCAGUGGAUAAAGAGUAUGGCGAAUGCGUUCCCGGUGCGGGAAAUAAGCAUGAAGCUCGUAGCUCACCGACCAGUCGAUGUGAGCGGACAGGAGGUACCGUGCGUCACGUUCGAUGGUGGAAAAAAUUUCAAAGCGUUCGUGAAGAAACGUAACUAUCCACAGCAACAACUUGUCCUUUUAACCAAGUCUGUUUGUGUGAGGGACGAAAAUCAGUGUGCCUGA